AUGCUUGACUUUUUAAGAUGUGCCCCUAGGGGAUCGACGGUCGUGCUGCAAAGCUGCGCCCACAACCCUACUGGCAUGGACCCUUCUAAAGAGCAGUGGAGGAGAAUCGCCGACGUUGUCCAAGAACGUGGCCACUUCCCCUUCUUUGAUUGUGCCUAUCAAGAAUUCGCAUCUGGGGAUCUCGAACAAGACUCAUGGGCCUGUCGCUAUUUUAUUGAAAAAGGAUUUGAAUGCUGCAUAGCUCAGUCGUUUGCUAAGAAUCUCGGUUUAUAUGAAGAGCGCGUUGGGGCAUUUCAUUUUAUCUGUGGACCCGGGUCCGAUGUAACGGAGCUCGUUACUCGCAUCGGUAGCCAGCUCGCGAUUAUCCAGCGAGCGGAGAUAUCUAAUCCACCGGCUUACGGGGCACACGUCGCAAGCUGUGUCUUCAAUGAUAAAAAAUUGUUUGCUCAAUGGGAAGGAGUUGAAAAUAAUGAGCGGCCGUCUGACGGCAAUGCGACAAGAAAUUCAAUCACAGCUGGAAGCACGGAGCACGCCAGUUAUACGGGACUAUCUCCGCGUCAGAUCCUGGAGCUGAAAGAGAAGUGGCAUAUAUACAUGACUGAAAAUGGUCGCAUAUCGGUGGCGGGGUUAAACCCAGGUAAUAUCCAAUGCUUCAUUGAUGCUAUGGAUGAUGUUGUGCGAGCCUGGCCAUAA